CCUUGCGGACGCGGGUUCAGUAAUGUUCUAAGUUCUAACUCGUCCGGACACAGUUCCACGCGAGGCGUCGUGCGUAUAAGGCUCAAGAUACGAGACACGGCUUUGCCCUGAGAGACGAGAACUCGCCACAAGAUGCUAGUGCUACGGUACUUGGCAUCGUUCUAUCACUACGUCAACUAUGAAGUCAGCGAUCCUCGCGUCAAUGAUUGGUUCCUGAUGAAAACACCCUGGCCCGGCGCCGCCAUCCUGGGGCUGUAUCUGAUGUUCGUGCUCAAGUGGGGCCCAAAGUGGAUGGAACACAGAAAACCGUUCCAGAUCGACACGAUCAUCAAGUACUACAAUCUGGCGCAGGUCAUCAUCUGUGCGUACUUGUUUGUGGAGGGCUUCCGACUGGGCUAUCUGCGUGGAUACAGCUUCCUGUGUCAACCGGUCGACUACUCACCGACCGAGAUACCGACGAUGAUCGCGAGACGCUGCUACUACUACUUUCUCGUGAAGGUGCUCGAUCUGCUGGACACGAUCUUCUUCGUCCUGCGCAAGAAGCAGAACCAGGUUAGCUUCCUGCAUGUGUACCAUCACACCGGCAUGGUCAUGCUGAUUUGGAGCGGCGUCAAGUGGUUCCCCGGCGGUCACGGUGUGUUCAUGGGCUUCAUCAACAGCUUCGUGCACGUGGUCAUGUACGCGUACUACUUCCUCACAUCGGCCAACCCCAAGAACAAAAACAAUCUCUGGUGGAAGAAGUACAUCACGCAGCUGCAGAUCAUCCAGUUCGGCAUGAUCUUCCUGCAGUGGUUCGUGCUGCUGUUCCAGCCCAACUGUACCUUCCCCAAGUGGCCGCUGUUUGUGAUCCUGCCCCAGAACCUGUUCAUGUUCUUCCUCUUCCUGGACUUCUACUACCAGGCGUACAUCAAGAAGAAACCCACGGAUGUCGUGCGGCGGUCCGGUGGUUCCGAACUGCCCCAGAACGGGUUCCACACGAGCGACAAGGCGAACGGCAAGUCGUCUAGCGCCGAGUACAACGACUGCACAAAACGCAACUCAUCCAAAGAGGUCAGCACCUCGCAGCACCUUGUGUCCUGAACCGAAAAGGCAACAGGGGAGGACAAUGUCCAACUGUCCGGGUUUGUGCUUGUUUUCUUUUCUGUGAAAAUUAGUCAAUAAAAACACACACACACACACAAACAUAA